ACAGGGUUGUUUAUUUGUUUUUAUUAAUUAUGGUUGUGUUAAUUGAGUUCUUUGUGAUAGUAAUGAUAGACAACAGUGUGGGUGUCGUGAGUGACGCGGCCAUAUUUGCCGGUGCUGCUCCGCUGUAAACAAAAAGUGUCUGCGAGACGGACGCUACGCUCAUUUUAGGGACAAUUUUAUUUCUCUAAUUUAUUAUCUCUUCAGGUAUGUCUUACAAACCCAAUCCCCAUCAACACCUUCCGGGAACUUCUGGGAACCAAGGAAGCAUUCCCUCUCCGUCUUCCAUGGCAACAGUACAGUCAUACAAGCCAAUUCUAAAUGACUUUGGACCCCCUUCAUUGGGAUUCUCACAGGGGCCAAUUGGGAACCAAGUACCCCAGAGUAAAUAUGCUGAACUUCUCGCCAUCAUUGAAGAACUUGGGAAAGAAAUAAGACCCACGUAUGCAGGGAGUAAAAGUGCAAUGGAACGUCUUAAAAGAGGUAUCAUUCAUGCCAGAGGGCUUGUUCGGGAGUGUUUGGCAGAGACAGAGCGAAAUGCGAGAUCCUAGCCCUUUCAAUCCUGUUCCUCUCCAUAUGGCAAAAAGAACUGUCUCCCUUAAACCAUUUCACACGGGAAUCAUGCAUGCCGCUCCGCUGAGGGGACAAUCAGAAAAGGCAGCAUUUAUGUUACGAGUUGCUAUUUCGUAUGUAUUUUGAAGGGAAUAUGGCAAGAUUCAGAGGAUGCAUCUUCUGAUUUACAAAUGCGAGCGAGAGAUCUGGAACUGUUGCCAUUUAAGUUUUUUUUUAAAUAUAUUUUUAUUACCUUGUUUUCUUUAUUUUACCACAUAGUAUGUUUAAAUAAGCAAAAACUGCAUGCAACCAUAUUAAAGGUCCCAAAUUAGAAACUUGCAUGGCUUUUUACCGGUUUAGACUAGGUAUGUGCUUUUACAAAUAGUUCUCAGGAUGAGGUAUAAGGUAUUUUCUCCUUGUACGCACUGAUGAAUAGGACAGUUUUCUUUUAAAUUGGGGAGAUACUGAAAAGAAGUGAUGCCAUUUUUCGUCUUUAUUUGUAUUUAUUACCUUGUGUAAUAAAAUGUAUUUUCAUGUAAAGACAAAAAGGUCACUCUUUGGAAUUUUGUAUAUCUGUCAAUAAAUAUGACA